AAGACCAAGACGAACAGUACCGCCAACAGCUCGAGCGAGAGCGCGAACUAUCAGAAUACAAAACCAUGGAGCGAAAUGGUGAGUACCUAACCCUAACCCCCUCCCCGCGCCCCGGUUUCCGUACGCAUGCACAUGCAUAUCCAGUCUUGUUUGUUCGUUCGUUCGUUCGUUCACAUCAAAUCCUCACCAUCUCAUAACACACAACUCCCAUGUAUCUCUCUUCCUCUAAACAACCCAUCUAACAAACCCUCCCCUGUAGUACUCAACCGCCCCCUCCAACUCCACUCCACCCGCCCCCUAACCGGGUACCUGCGAACCGGCUACUGCGAAUCGCCCCCCGCGACGGACGCAGGCAACCACAGCGUCGCGGCCGAGCUGUCCGACAGCUUCCUCGACUUCUCGGCGGCCCGGGGCAACGACCUCAGGGCCGCGGGCGUCACGGCGGGGUGUCGGUGGUGUCUCUGCGUCGCGCGGUGGAAGGAGGCGUUUGAUGCGGCGAUGAGGGGGGAGGCGGGCGGGGUGGAGGGAGGGGUGGUGCCGAGGGUGUGGUUGGAGAGGACGAAUGUGAGGGCGUUGGAGGGGGUGAGGUUGGAGGAUCUGAGGAGGUUUGCUGUGGAUGGGGAUGCUGUUGCGGGUGGGGAGGGUGGUGGUGGUGGUGGUGGUAAGAAGGGGGAGGGGAAGUGAAUGGUCGAAAGAAUGAGUGAGUGAGUGGUUGUUGUUGGUAUGUUUGGUAAAUAUAUUGGUAGGUCGUGUAUCACGGUCAAAGUUAUGUCAUCCCAA